UCUUACCCUCCUUUUUUCAGUCCCACCUGUGUCUUGUUUGUAAUUAUUACACUGUGUAUAUUAAGUCCUGUAUCUCCCUGGUUCUUUGUCAGAGGAUUAGUUUGUUCCUGUGGUCUGUUCCUCAUGUCAUGUUUUCCUGGUUCCCCAGUGUUUUGCCCUUCCUUUGGAUUUUGUACUUUUGGAAAUCUGGUUAUCUGCAUACUGGUGGGUCUCCUACUCAGCAGCUUCACCAUGAAGUUUUACUUCUGCCAAGGCCAACAGAGGUCAUCCAGCAGCAUGAUGGUCUACCUGAAGAACCUGAUGGCUGCUGACUUCUUCCUGUGCCUCUGUCUCCCCUUUAUCAUCACUAAAUACUCCAGCAGCUCCAUCACUAUCCACAUGAUCUACAGCAACUAUGGUUGCUCUGCCUUUUACCUCAACAUGUACGCCAGUAUCCUGCUCAUGGGUUACAUCGCUGCUAACAGGUAUCUGAAGAUCGUCCAUCCUUCACAAACUCACAUCCUGCAGACCGUACGGUCCGCACACAUCAUCUCCACAGUGACCUGGGUUUUUCUCCUGGUCAUAAUGAUUGCCUACAUCACCCUGUCUCACCUCACCCAGCCUCAGCUGACUUCUGUCUCUGACAGAUGUGAAGUCCUUCUCAGCACUCAGAUCAUUGCAUUCUACAAAAUCAUCCACGUGUGCUCUGCCUCUGUCUUCCUGUUUGUCCUGAUCUCCCUGGUCGUCUUCUAUUAUAACUCCUCCCACAGGGUGUUGCUGGCACAGCAGAGGCAGCCGACCUCCUCUGACUCUAAGAAGCUUGUGAAGUCCCGCAGGAACGUGUUCGUGCUAGUCAGCGUCUUCUGAGUUUUCUUUGUGCCCCACCACCGGGUUCGCCUUCCCUAUGCCUUCCUGUGGAGGAGGUGUGAUUUGAGUCAGGUGUUCCGCUACCUGAGGGAGCUGACUGCCCUGGUGUCAAUUUUAAACGUCUGCCUGGACCCACUCAUCUACUUCAUCUUGUGUAAGGAGUUCAGGAACCAGCUGAACCUGAGGAAGGUUUUUAGCACUGUAAGAGUGAAUAUGCAAACACCAAACACAGAGACAAGAAGCAGCACGGAGAAUCUGAGCACCAUCAGCAUUAACUCAGCUAACAACAGCCAGCAACACAAAUGAGCUGUUACUGAAAGACAACAAUCACUAUUGUUGUCUUUCAGUGUCACUAUAAUCACACUAUUCUCAGUGUGUGUGAUCUUGUCUAAGUGACCUCUGACCUUUGACCUGUCCUUUGUCCUCAGCGAUGUGUGAUGUGUCAGACUGAGGAAUGAGGACCUGGUCCACAUACUCACAGAGACUCAGUGUUUCUCUGUAGAGGAACAGAAACUGAGUUCAUCUGUGAAGUUAUUUUCUGUGCUUUGUUAAUGAUGUCUUCGCUGUUGCAGUUAAAACAUGUCACAUCAACAUCAGCUGAUCGACCAUCCACAAUAAAUAUUCUGUUUGCUGCUGCCUUCUGUUACAUUUAUUUCUCUGCUUUGUAACUCACUUUGUUUUAUAUAAAAACUAUUUAAAUUGU